UCUCCAGUGGCAGAUUCCUCUGACUUUAGCAGUGGGGAAUUCGACUUACAAAUCAUCAGAAGUCAUCCUCUGGAUCUCCAAUAAAACAGAGACACACAAAGUGGGCCGGAUGGACGAUGACAUGUGGUUGCUAGGCAACAUCAACCAGACUGGGUACUUCCGGGUGAACUACGACCUCCACAACUGGAGGCUCCUCAUUGGACAGCUGAUGACCAACGCUGAGAUCAUAUCUGUCGGCAACAGGGCGGGGCUCAUCGAUGAUGUCUUCAAUCUGGCCAGGGCUGGCUACCUGCCCCAGAACGUGCCCCUCCAGAUCAUCUGCUACCUACCCCAGGAGAGAGAGUUCCUCCCUGGCACGCUGCCAGCCGCUCCCUCUACCAGCUGGACAAGCUGCUGGACCGCACAGAGGACUACAGCCUCUUCAGUGACUUUGUGCUGAAGCAAGUGGCCUCAAAGUACCACAAGAUGGGCUGGCCCUUGGCUCUGACAGAAGGCUCCAUCAUACAGGCCUCCUACCAGACUGA